AUGGGAGUUACCAACAAGACUCCCCAGUUCCUGAAAAUGAAUCCCCUUGGGAAGGGCAAAAUUGAACAAUGGAUUGAUUUUGCUACCACUGAGAUUGAUGCUAACACAGGUCAAUGGCUAUAUCCCCGGCUUGGUUAUCAAGUUUACCUUCCUCCGGCUGAGGAAGCUGCAAUCUCUGCUUUGAAAAAGGCACUUGGGGCCUUGAAUACCCAUCUCGCUUCUCGCACUUUCUUGGUUGGAGACACUGUCGUAUUGGCUGAUGUUAUUUUUACUUACAAAUAUGCAUUUGGGAAAAUGUUGGUGAUUGGUUCAGAGCCUCCAUUCAAAGUCAAGGGUUUGUGGCUUUUUUCCAUGUGGAAGGAGGUUGACAUCAACGAUGAAGGACAGAAAGUGCAUGUGAAUAAGAUGAUUCAGGAUGCUGAGCUUUUCAAGGGUGAAGCUCUACUACUGGAUGCCAAGUGCUUCAAGCAAACAGUGGGAAUGUUACCUGCUUAA